GAAGACGGGGAAGGGCAGUAGCAAGACGUAUAGGAGCAGCCAGACAUCCCUGGAAACUUCAGGUCUGCCAAAGAAUUUCACAGAUUCCCCCUCCCCAAGAGCCUCUGCCAUGGAGGACCGGAGCGAGGAGGGGGGGGACCACUCAGAAAUGCCUUCUGCUCCUUCAACACCCCCCAGCAAGAGGAAGAGCAAGUUUGCUGGCUUUGGGAAAUUUUUUAAACCCUGGAAAUGGAGAAAGCGAAAAAGCAGUGAUUCCUUCCGAGAGACAUCAGAGGUUCUAGAGAGGAAAAUCUCUACAAGAAAGCCUCGUGAAGAGCUGAUAAAGAGAGGAUUACUCGUGGAGGUCCCUGAGGAAGAUGGUAGUAUACCAUCAGAAUCACCCCCACUGAGGAAUGGUCACAUGAGCGUAGAACCUGCUAACCCACCAGAGGACAGUGGAGGGUUAAAAAGAAAGACAAGACCAGACUCAACAGGCCCCCGUCCAAAAUCUGGAGAGACCACUGUGCAGCCCUGUGCUACCGCUGAAGUUGCCCCUUUGGAACCUCAUGCAACUGCAGAAGUGUCCCCUGUACAGCCGCAAGCUAGUGCAGAAGUGACCCCUGUCCAGCCCCUCCCUGUCUCUGAAGUGGCCCCAAUGCAGCCCCUCCCUGUCAAUGAAGUGGCCCCAAUGCAGCCCCUCCCUGUCAAUGAAGUGGCCCCAAAGCAGCCCCACCAUGUCUCUGAAGUGGCUUCUGUGGUUUCCCGUCCAACUUCUGAGGUUGCCCCAGUGCAGAAAGUAUCCAGAGAUUUCUCAAAGCAACCCCUUUUACCCCCAAAGAGACCACUAUCCAUCUCUACUUCAGUUACUCAGGAAUCUGCAGUUGCAGGACAAAAAUCUGAUUCUAGCAACAGACUGCAAAGCUCUGCCCCUGUGCCCACACCAAGGACCAUUCACCCUCCUGCAUCUUCUAAACAACCACCUGUCCCUCCUCCUAAACCUCAGAACCGUAACAGCAAUCCGUUAAUGGCUGAAUUGAGCUUGGCACUUGCUGGGAGCCCAUUAUCACCCGCUGGCUCUCGUCCUUCCCCACCUCUUCCUCCAAAGCGUGCAAUGCCCCCUUCGACAGAUGCUGUAACCAACAAAGAAAAUGCUCUUGGCCCUGCUUCUCUUCCUCCUACACCAGCAAAUGAAAUCAUCACACCGUCUCCUCCUUCCCCACCUGCCUCCUCUCACAUUCCUGUAUCAAAUCCCCCAGUCCCCCCUCUUACGCUUGCACCACCCUACACAGAGGUGGAGAAAGAGCAAUCUGCAUCUCCUAUACCCCUUCACAUUCGCAUUCAACAGGCACUGAACAGCCCCCAACCUCUGCCUUUGCUGGAUAGUAGUCAACGAGCACAGUCUCUGCUUUUUAUGCAGAAUGACAUGGGGCCUUCUGAAGAAGGAACACGAGUGAGGUCUCUUCCUGUCACUAUCGAGCUACUCAAAGUACCUGAUGAUGAAGAUGAUGAAAGCCUAGAAGAUGAAAGCUUGUCUCCUGAAUCUUCUGAAAGUCAUACAUCAAAGGUUUACAUUGGGGAUGUGCCUUCAGUGACAGUAAUACCAAGUUAUUUACCAACAUGUGUGCAGGAGGAGGAAGAAGGGGGAGUCAGUGACACUGAUUCAGAGGGACCAGUCCUCUACAGAGACGAUGAGGAGGAGGAGGAGGAAGAGGAAACAAGUGCUUUAGCCAAUAAGGUGAAGAGGAAAGACACACUAGCAAUGAAGCUAAGUGGACGGAUGGCUUCCGAAGAUUCUAAUUCUGAGUUUCCUCAGAGAAGCCGGGAAGAAUGGAACCAGAUCCGGCAGGACAUCGGCACGCAGCUGAACAGAAGAUUGAGUCAGAGACCUACUGCUGAGGAACUGGAGCAGAGGAACAUCCUACAAAAAAAUGAAGCCGACCGUCUGGCGGAGAAAAAGGAGAUUAAGAGACGCCUAACGCGCAAGCUUAGCCAAAGGCCAACAGUUGCAGAGCUGGUGGAAAGAAAGAUACUUCGGUUUAAUGAGUAUGUGGAGGCGACUGAUGCUCAUGACUAUGAUAGAAGAGCAGACAAACCGUGGACAAGGCUAACCCCUGCCGAUAAGGCUGCAAUCCGUAAGGAACUGAAUGAGUUCAAGAGCACAGAGAUGGCUGUUCAUGCGGAGAGCAAGCAUUUCACACGGUUCCAUCGACCUUAGUCUGCUGCAUUGGGAGGGGAGCAGAGGAGUAUUAGAGCAAAAAGCACUUACAUACUCCUCAAGCUGUGCCAACACCAAGCCUGCCCUCCUACUGACUUACCUCAUUUCUGCAUUCUGAAUCUUACAUGCCUGGGGGAGUAUCUUGAUUAGAACUGCAGGAGACGCCAUUACUUGUUGCCUUUAUUCCCUCUGUGUACAUUGGACUGUAAAGUUGUAAAACUGGAAGAAUCAUUCCCUUUUACUUGUGGGCAUCAGUUAACCAUUUUUCCAUGUAAUAUGGAUAUCACAUUCCUCCUCUUGUUGUCUGUGGUUUCCCAUGGUGCCUUAUUGUUGAUAUUCUGAGGGUUAGGGCUGGUCCUCCCUCCUUUCUUUUUAAGUCUCACUACAUUUUGAAAUGUCACAGGGACCCAGAAGGCACUUCUUCCAUGUGACAGGCUUUCCAUUGCCUCCAUUUCUAGGGCUUCCCAUUUUUUAGGAUUGUCUCAGGGAAAAAAAGGCUUGCAAACAUGUAUUUUAAAUCAUGCUGAGUUGGUUAAUUCUACAGUUGGCUGCUUACAGAACACGUACCCAAGCCCAUCAGAUUGUCUUGUAAAUAUCUAGCUUUGGGUAGGUCUAGCGACCCAAAUAUUACAAAAUUAACUGAUAAUGAUUUAAUCUAAGAAUAGGGCUUCCACUAUUGACGCAUUGUACUACAGAUUCAUCUGUGUUUGUACACUGUGUAGCAUACUCCAUAUAUGCCAGAAUUAGGCCAUCAAUGGUGGGAGGCAUUCAUGCAGUUGGUUCCUAAUAAGUUAAACCUUUAUAUGUUUCUUGCAUAUAAUGGAGGCAAUGAAGGUAAAACACUAAGCCUUAAUCAUAACUUUAAUGUGCUUUAUUAACCUGUUCACUGAGAUGGAAUGAAUGAGAUAUUAUUCAUCUAUAUAAAUGCAGGUCUCCUCCUGACAUCAUCAAGUGACUCACGCAACUGGAAAAUUCUGCCCAAAUUUGUACAUUUGAACCGAGUCUGUAUAUGUGUGACUAGAUCUGAAUUUUAAUCCAUAAAAUAAAAAAUGAUUAUUUUAGUGAUAA